CGCACACACCCACUGGGUCACUGCAGGGGGGGCACGGAGAGAGGGGUCUCUGCAGUGAGAGGCCUGUCACACCCCCUGACCCCUUGGGUCCCUGCCCCUUUGGAUGUCUGCCCCAUCUCCCCAGCCUCCCAGCCUGUGACCAUCACACGGAGCUCAGCCUGCCUCUCUCACAAGGACGAUCGCCUGCCCUAACGCCUGGCCACGCUGCCCCACUAGGACUGUGCUAUGAACAUGGGGUUUCCUGGGUGCCUCCUGCUCCGAGCGCGGCACCCACUUGGCAGGAGCUCGGCUGCCUGCGCUGGAGCUGGGAAGACAAAGCUCCCCAUCCUCCUGGCCUGGCUUUGGGCUUCCAUGACAGGAUUCUCCAUGGCAGACUCAGCCAUCCCAGAACUAACUCAGCUCCGACUGGUGAACAGCCCAAGUCGCUGCGCUGGGAGAGUCGAGGUGCUUCACAACCAGCAGUGGGGAACCGUGUGUGAUGACGGCUGGGACAUAAAGGAUGCCACAGUCGUAUGCAAGCAGUUGGACUGUGGGACGGCGUUAUCAGCCCCACGAGGGGCUCGAUUUGGGCGAGGGUCAGACCGUGUCUGGCUGGAUGAGGUCAACUGCGCAGGGACAGAAGCUGCCCUCACCAAUUGUGAGAUUCGGCCUUGGGGACAGAAUGACUGUACCCACAAAGAAGAUGCCGGAGUUGUGUGCUCAGAUUCUGGCAUCUCAGAAGUGGCUCAGAUCCGACUGGUGAACGGUUGGAGUCGCUGCGCUGGGAGGGUCGAGGUGCUUCCCAACCAGCAGUGGGGAACCGUCUGUGAUGACAACUGGGACUUACAGGAUGCUGAAGUCGUGUGCAGGCAGCUGGGCUGUGGGACGGCGUUAUCAGCCCCAGGAGGGGCUCGAUUUGGGCCAGGGUCAGACCGUAUCUGGCUGGAUGAGGUUCACUGCGCAGGGACAGAAGUUGCCCUCUCCAAUUGCAGGGCUCAGCCUUGGGGAGACAGUAACUGUAACCAUGGAGAAGACGCUGGUGUUGUGUGCUCAGACGCUGGCAUCUCAGAAGUGGCUCAGAUCCGACUGGUGAACAGCAGGAGUCGCUGCGCUGGGAGGGUCGAGGUGCUUCGCAACCAGCAGUGGGGAACUGUGUGUGAUGACAGCUGGGACUUACAGGAUGCCAGAGUCGUAUGCAGGCAGCUGGGCUGUGGGACGGCGUUAUCAGCCCCAGGAGGGGCUCGAUUUGGGCCAGGAUCAGACCGUAUCUGGCUGGAUGACGUCAACUGCACAGGGACAGAAGUUGCCCUCUCCGAUUGCAGGGCUCAGCCUUGGGGAGUGAAUAACUGUACCCACGGAGAAGAUGCCGGUGUCGAGUGCUCAGACGCUGGCAUCUCAGAAGUGGCUCAGCUCCAACUGGUGAACGGUUCAAGUCGCUGCGCUGGGAGGGUCGAGGUGCUUCACAACCAGCAGUGGGGAACUGUGUGUGAUGACAACUGGGACUUGCAGGAUGCCGAAGUUGUGUGCAGGCAGCUGGGCUGUGGGACGGCGUUAUCAGCACCAAGAGGGGCUCGAUUUGGGCGAGGAUCUGACCGUAUCUGGCUGGAUGACGUCAACUGCACAGGGACAGAAGUUGCCCUCUCCGAUUGCAGGGCUCGGCCUUGGGGAGACAGUAACUGUACCCACGGAGAAGAUGCCGGUGUUGUGUGCUCAGAGGUGAGGCUGGUAGGUGGCCCCCACCGCUGCGCCGGGCGUGUGGAGUUGCAUUUGGACGGGCGCUGGGGCACCGUGUGUGAUGACGGCUGGGACAUGAAAGAUGUGGCUGUGGUGUGCAGGCAGCUGGGCUGUGGGUCAGCCAUGAAAUCACUGACUAGUAAAGUGUUCGGCUCGGGCCCCGAGUCAGACCCUGUCCUGAUGAUGAACGUGCAGUGCCAGGGGACAGAGGCAGCGCUGGGGAGCUGCCCGUACGAGGAUCCAGGGGACGUCUGCCAGCAGGAUGAGGACGCUGGGGCUCGUUGCCAAGAGCCCUUCGCACUGCGGCUGGCGGGUGGCCCAGGAAAGUGCUCUGGGCGGCUGGAGGUGCGGUAUGACGGAGUGUGGGGCACCGUGUGUGACGACAACUGGUCAGAGACCAACGCCCAAGUGGUCUGCCGGGAGCUGCGCUGUGGCCUAGCUCAGCCACUGGCCCCAAAGCUGCAGGACCGGCCCCGCUUUGGCCAGGGUACGGGGAAAAUCUGGCUGGACGACAUCCGCUGCAAAGGCACCGAGGAGACCUUGCAGAACUGUGCCCACCAGCCCUCCAGCUACCUCAACUGCACCCACCAGGAGGACAUCAGCGUGGUCUGCCAGGACAACUGAGCCAGCCACAGCUCCUCCACGGCCUCCCAUUGAUUCCCCCCGCCCCCGAGCUUUCAGUGCAUCCCCCCUGCCACCAGGCUCUUCCUCUCUGCUGCCAGGCUCCCUGGCCUUGCCCGCCCAGCCCGGGGAUGGCUGUCGGCUGUGCAGGGGCAUGGCUUGGUGAGUGCCCGGGGGAUUCCUAUUUCAGGGAUGAAUGCAGGCGCCCAGGGCAUUCCCCUCCCACUGGGUGCCACACUCUGUGGGCUGCAGCACAAAGCUGGCAAAGCCUGGGGCUCGCUUCUCACUAGCAGUGGGGCAGCUCGCCCUGGCAGGCCCUGCUUGGAGCACGCGUCUCCUGGGCCAUUGCUCCAACUGCAGCCAAGGCAGCCACCCUGAUAAACCCGCCAUCGCCGGGGUGGGGCUGCACCCCCCCCCCUCAGGGGCUGGGAUACACGACUAUCUCCCCCAGAAGGUCCAUGCUGCAUGGACAGGUAGGAGCCAGGAGGGGGAGAGCCCCAUGUGCCACACGCCAUCCCAAGCUGAGCAGAUGCGAAUAAAGAGCUGAAUCCGCUGGAUGACCGACUGCCCCGCGUCUGCCUGCGUCUGCCAAGUGCUCAGCGCUGCACAGGUGGGCCCAGGCCUCACCCAGCACAGGCCUCACCCCAGCCGGUUCACAGCUUGACGCACUGGGAACAGCCCAGUUCCUGAGAGCUGUGGGCAGAGGGGUCCGGAGGAGCCAGGCACAGCAAUGCCCUAAGGAAGGAAGGUGCUGCCUCCAGAACUGGCCCAGAGACAGCGAGCUCCUGCAGGCUUCGGGAGUCCCAGCUUUGGCCAGUAGAUGGCAACAGUCUGCAUGACAACACACACAGCCCACUCCUCACAGUCAGUCCCUCCCAGGGCUGGGGAUAGAACCCAGGAGUCCAGGCUCCCAGCCCCCCCUGCUCUAACCCACUAGACCCCACUCCCCUCCCAGAGCCAGGGAUAGAACCCAGGAGUCCAGGCUCCCAGCCCCCGGCUCUCAGCAGCUGUCCCUGUUCCCUCACAACUGGCUGGUGUCCCUGCUGACACUGGGCCAGUGUAACCUCUCCCAGCAUCUCUGGGCUGUGACCAUGUGUCCUGGAGUUGGGGGCUGGAGGGGCAGCCUCUUUUUGUUCUGGUGCAGAUGGGGCAGCUCCUCCUCCCAAGGAUUCCCCAUUCAUGGAGACGCCCCCUGUGCUCAGCUCCCCUGCCCAACCUGAGGGAGUGGUUGGGGCCGUACAGUCAGGGAAGGGGGGACAAUGUGUCUGGGAGCCAUUUCCUCCCCUUCAU